CACAAAGCAAACAAUGCCCAACAUUCCCAUCCACCAACGCAAUCUUUCCCAUGGAGAUACCAUAGAAGCCCUCGCCGCCCUGCUAACCCAAUGGUAUACCCUCCACCUCCUCCUCCCCUACCACCACUCCUCCAACAAGCAAACCUACAUCUCCCAACCACCUCACACACCAUCACCUCUCCUCCUAUCUCAAUGGCAAAAAGCAGGAAUGAGUGACUUGGUAAUCCAAACUCUAAAACAAUUACCUUUUCUCUCUGGCACAAAAGCAAGAGAAUUAGCUCCGGAUACACGCGCAUUGGAUUACUUGAACGAAAAAGGAGAAGCUGUGACGGUGUGGAAAGAUCCUNUUNGUUUGAGUGCAAAAGGAGAAACGAAAGAGGGGUAUCUGGGGAAUGCUAUUCCCUUGACUUGUUGCAUUGGAGAUGAGGGUUACGUGCUAGUGUUGGAUUUGGAUGAUAACAACAUCUACGAGAUCAGAAACAAAGAGGUUCAAGCGCCUUUGACUCAGCUACCGCCUAAAAACGCGCCGCAAUGGUAUUACAAACACUAUCCACACAAACCCGCCAUCACUUGUCUCCAAUCUUGGAUCAAGAAGACGAAAAACUUGGUCUGGGUACCUGAUCCAGAGACUGGGAUGUGGAUUAAAGAAACCGAAGAUGAUUGGGAUGAUGAGGGAGUGAGGUUUUCUGCACUCAAGCAGGUUUAUGGGGAGUGUGGGUGGCCGGAGAGGUUUGAUGGGGAUUUGUUUUGGGAGAGGUAUGGGAUGUUGAAGAGGGCGAGGGGGUGGGAAGAU